AUGGGUGUAUGGGGUAGUGCUGAAGAGGUAGCACCCUUUGACGUGAUCGGCCAUGCCCACCAUUUGACGGAGGACUAUUGCAAGCGAUGCCACAGAGUGGCUCCCCCGGUUGUGAUACUGCGAUGGGGAAGGCAACGGGAAACCACCCCAUUAUUAUCCCAGGAGAACCUUCAUGACAUGGACACAAAUGAUAGGAAUGAAUUGAGCGACCCGACUAACAAUCGGCGCUGUCCGGGAUCCGGGCUGGACAGUGUGAAGUUGGCUACCGGGCAUACGGGUAUGAGGAACCGGGUCCCGUGUGCGAAAUGGGAUACUGGAACAUCUAAUAAACUGACUCUACGGAAUCGACAUAGAAUGGGCACUUGGAACAUACAGGGUUUGGUGACACACCCAGGUAAACUGGAAAUAAUAGAGAGGGAGAUGGAGGAGUUGAACAUCAACAUCUUAGGCCUCUCGGAGACCCACUGGAGAAAUAAGGGCCAUUUCAGGAGUAAGUCGGGUAACACCAUAUAUUUGUCGGGACCGGAAGAAGAAAGCAGAAAUGGGGUAGCCUUGAUCGUAUCGCCAGAAUGCGAGAAAGCAGUUUUGGGAUAUAUCACAGUGAGCGACAAAAUCAUACACCUAAGAUUGCGAGGCAACCCCAAUGUACUCAAUAUAGUACAGGUCUACUCUCCAACUGCAGCAGCGGAUGAUCGGGAGGCGGAGGAGUUCUAUGGAGCACUGGAGGCACUCUUAAGCGGAAUUCCGAGACGAGAAGUUACAAUAAUCCUUGGAGAUUUUAAUGCCAAAGUAGGAGAGACGAAUCAAGAUCUGGGACAAAUCGUGGGGCGGUUUGGACUUGGAGAAAGGAAUGAACGGGGCGAACGCCUCCUCGAUUUCUGCCUCCAAUACUCCCUAGCGGUGAUGAAUACGUGGUUCAAACAUCAUCCACGCAGACUCUACACAUGGAGCUCCCCAGGAGACCGAGCAAGAAACCAAAUAGACUACAUUCUAAUAAGUAAACGUUGGAAGUCAUCGAUAACUAACGUGAAAACAUAUCCGGGCGCUGACUGCGGAAGUGAUCAUCAAUUAUUGGCGGUGGAGUUUAGGCUGCACCUGAGAAACGCUCGGAAACCAACCAGUAAGCUACCGACUUUGGAUGAACUCGAGAUCUAA